AUGAAUGACUACGAACUCUCCCGCCAGGCCAAGAUCAAGAAGAACCAGGCCCUUCUCGCUGAACUCGAUAUCAAGCCCGUCAUCAGUCGGGAAGUCCGUAACAAAGAUGGCAAACCACCAACCAAAAAGAGAAAAGUCUCACCAAUGCCACCGUCUCGGACGUCAGCACGCAUAGCCGCAGCACCCAUCGCCAAAAGCUACAACGAGGACGAAAUUGCCAAACCCAUCGCUCUGCCCCGAAGCGUCAGGUCAAAGGCGAAAGGAAAGGGCAAGCGAGCGAAGGAUGAAGUCGACGAGUCUGAUGAAACUGAACCCCUCGUGCCAGCGAAGAACGUCGAGGAGAUUCAAGCUGGAUGGUCGAACUGGAAAUCGACAGCUCCGCCGCCGUCUCGAGAUGAAGAUGGCACGUUACGCUUCGAAGAUUACGAAGACUUCACACCGAACAAGAGUCCCGAGGAGAUGUUACGGGAGGGGUGUUUUGGCGGGUCUUACUAUCGUCCUUUACGAUCUAGGAAACUUGGAAUUGUCGUUGAAGGAGACUGGGAAGAAUUGCCAAAAGAGUGGAUCGACGGUCUGAAUGUCGAGCGGUUCUUAACAAGUCCGGAUUACGACCCGGACGUAAACAAAUACAAAGUCCCCUGCGGCCAAAGCAUCGAGGAAUGGGAAGCCGCCGGGUGGAUCAGCCACGAGCACGAUGUGAGGGGGUGGUUUCAGUGGUAUGCACGGUUCUACCUGGGGAGGCGGUGCGAGGAUGAUGCCAGGCAGGUUGGGAGGUGGAGGAAGUGUGUGGGGGACAAGGGGCGGUGGAGGAGGAUGUUGUUGAAGAGGUAUAAGGCGAUGGGGGUGCGGAGUGUGUUUGAUGAUGGGGAGGAGGAGGAGGUGGGGGAGGUUAGUCCGGUUGUGCAUCAGACUUGUCAUCAUUGGGGGUGGGAGGUGAGGCAGGAUGUUCUUGAUGCGUAUUGGGCUGAGUGA